AUGGCAACCCACUUGAAGAUCUGGACGCCUGAUCUAAUCUCGGAGCUCCAAACUGCUUUCACCGGAGGCCUACUUAUCCAAGACAAUGUCAUUAUUGUCCACGAGGCCCUACACCACUUCAAAAACCAUAAGAGGAGAAGGAGAAGGGAUAUGAUGCUCAAGUUGGACAUGAAGAAGGCGUAUGAUAUGGUGGACUGGGAAUGUCUUGAAACGAUGCUGAAGAAAUAUGGUUUUGAUGAUAGAUGGUGUAGAUGGGUUAGCUCGUGCAUCAGGACGAUCAACUUUUCCAUCCUUUUCAAUGGGGAAGCAACAGAGGAGUUCAAUCCGUCAAGGGGAAUCAGACAGGGAGACCCUCUCUCUCCUUUUCUUUUCAUUCUAAUGUCUAAUUCUCUUACCUUCCUAAUUGACAAAGCGGUUUCCCAGAACCAGUUAAAGGGUAUAAGGUUGAACGCGAGAUGCCCGAUUCUCACUCACUGCUUGUUUGCAGAUGAUACGGUGAUCUUUGGUAAGGCUGACCUUCAAGAAGCAGAGAAAAUAUUGGACCUUAUAAGAGAGUAUGGUACCAUCACGGGUCAAGAAGUGAAUAUCAACAAAUCAUCUGUUUUCUUCAGUGCGAAUGUACCCGAGGUGGACAAAGCUGCAAUCAUUGGUCACAUCGGGUUUGCCUCGUCUAACUGCCACACCAAAUAUUUAGGAGUACCAAUGGAAUGGGGAAAUUCAAAGAAGGAAACUUUCCAAUUCCUGAUUCAGAGAAUGGAAAAGAUGGGUGAAGCAUGGAAAAGCCUCCUCCUCUCUCAUGGAGGGAAAGAAGUGUUACUCAAAGCUGUCAUUCAAGCUAUUCCUUCCUACAUCAUGUACCUUUUUAACCUCCCGGUGAACCUGACAAAGAAGAUGGACUCCCUCCUCACCAAUUUUUUCUGGUCAGGGUCAAUGCAGAAAAGCACAAUGCACUGGUGCAGGAAGGAAAUCCCAUGUGCUCCAAAAGCUGGGGGGAUUGGGAUUCUGAAGCUUCAAAGAUUUUAA